GCCUCUUGACGCUUCUCUGUGGGUGUGGGAAGGUGGUCCUGGUUGAAAAACACCGUCCAGAAAAGCCACCGACGGGAUGACUUUGAGUGUUUUUGUACACUUCUUUAACAUUUUGUAACACCAUGAAAACAAAUUAGCAAACUCUAAAAGUGACAAAGUGUCGACAAGAAAGGCCGUGAUGGAUUUGAGUUGUUUGUCCUCGGGAGUAAAGUUGGGAAACUACGAGGUGAAAAUGGAGAGCCCAGCUGAGUGAGAGUGGGGUGAGGAGGCUGGAUUUGGCAAAAGUUGGGAGUCCUGCCUUGCUGCUAGCAGGCUAGUUAGCGUGCUUAGACACUUCGCUAUCUCGGUCUCCCUUCACUGUUCUUCAGCUUGUGAUUCUUCAGGGGAGCUGCUUCAUGUGUGGCGAGACCGCUGCUGACAUUGCAGCUUUUCCCAGUGGAUCAUAGCGUAGUUGAUGGUGAUCUUAUUUUCCGUGGGAAGUUUUGAAAGAGUCCUGAGGACAACUUUGCAUUUUUCCCUAAAGGCAGCCCCAGUUAAACCUGCUUUAGAGAAGCUGGAUAACGCUCAGGCUAACGGCUCCCUUUCGGAUCAAACUCUUUUUUUUUUGCCGUGAGCAUCCACACCGGCUGUAUCCAUUCCAUUUUCUCUGUACAUUAUCCUAACUGAGAUGCAUCCUUGAUAACAUCCUGACUGUGUGGCCCUGCUACAGGCCUACUGAAGCACGCUGAAGACAACUAGUACCAGAGAGUUGCGUAAGCUGCAGGCCUGUUCAAGAUGUAUUCAUGAGCACUUGGGAGUUGUUAAAACAGACUCAAUCGCAUUCAUGUACUGUGACUGCUGAUGCCAGCUCACUGGUACUUGAGUGGAUGUAAUCCGCUUUAUUCAUGAACCCUCUAGCUGAGUCUGGGUGCAGCCUGGAUGUUGCUGUUAAAUCGGCUGUUGCGGUGAUGAGGCAGGGCUCCUGGUGGCCUGUGUGGCUGACUGGGCAGUGGCCCAAGGUGAUGUGAUGGGGUGCCGGAACAGUAAGGUCCUCCCUGAGCCUCCAAAGGAUGUUCAUUUGGACCUGGUCAAAAAGGUUGAUUCUCAACCUCAGACAGAUAUCUAUAAGCACUUCAUACGAGGGGAUGGCUCUGGAAGCAAGAUGGGUGUGGCUGGUGGCGGGGCAGGUGACAAAGCAGAGAUCACCUCCCCACAUCCAGCCCAGGCUCACACUGCCACUCCCACCGCUUCAGCUCACCUCCCUAAGGACCUGUCCGAAUUGCCGGAUCCUCAGCGAAGGAAAGUGGCGAAAUACAGAGCUAAGUUUGAUCCCCGGGUUACAGCCAAGUACGAGAUCAAAGCUUUGAUAGGCCGGGGGAGCUUCAGCCGUGUGGUCCGCGUGGAGCACAAGAGCACCCGACAGCCAUACGCAAUCAAAAUGAUCGAGACCCGGUACCGUGAGGGGAGGGAGGUGUGCGAGUCAGAGCUGUGUGUUCUGCGUCGUGUUCGUCAUACUAAUAUAAUCCAACUCAUGGAGGUCUUCGAGACAGCUGAGCGUGUCUAUAUGGUGAUGGAGCUGGCCACUGGAGGAGAACUUUUCGAUCGGAUCAUCGCACGCGGCUCCUUCACAGAGCGGGACGCCACGCGGGUGUUGCAGAUGGUGCUGGAUGGCGUCAAGUAUCUCCACACUUUGGGGAUCACUCACCGAGACUUGAAGCCUGAGAACCUGCUCUACUACCACCCGGGACCUGAUUCCAAGAUCAUCAUCACUGAUUUUGGUUUGGCCAGUAGCAGGAAAAAGGGAGGCGAGUGUUUGAUGAAAACCACCUGCGGCACACCGGAGUACAUAGCGCCUGAAAUCCUAGUGAGGAAGCCGUACACAAACGCUGUGGACAUGUGGGCACUGGGGGUGAUUUCCUACAUCCUGCUGAGUGGAACCAUGCCCUUCGAGGACGACAAUCGCAUGAGGCUCUACCGGCAGAUCCUCAAAGGGAAAUACAGCUUUUCUGGAGAGCCAUGGCCCAGUGUGUCCAACCUUGCAAAAGACUUUGUAGAGCGUGUUCUAACCGUUGAUCCCAGUGAGCGACUUACCGCCGGUCAGGCCCUGAAGCACCCCUGGAUCAUCAGCAUGGCAGCCUCGUCGUCCAUGAAGAACCUGCAGCGUUGCAUAUCUCAGAACCUCCUGAAGCGUGCGUCCUCACGCUGCCACAGCACCAAGUCAUCCCAGUCCACGCGCUCCAGCCGCUCAACCAAAUCCAACAAGGCUCGGCGGGUGAGAGAGAAGGAGCUGCGAGAGCUGAACCGGCGUUAUCAGCAGCAGUACGAUGGCUGAAGCAAGGCCCAACAGCCAGCGACUGUAGCGGACCUUCUUCUUCUUUUUUUUUUUUCUUUUUUUUUUAAAACAACACAGCAAUGACUGAAGCUUUGAGUUGCUGCCAGUGUUUGGGGGGCAAAAGUGUCUUGAAGUCCCACAUUUCUGCCUUAAAAACAAUGACUUGACUAAAUCCAUGACACUAAAAUGACAAAGCUGAAAAGUAACUGAGACUGUAGCACAAGUCAGAAAGAUGACAAAAUCAUUCAACGUCUAUGGCAGUGUGUUGCAACUGCUCCAUCCACUCUCUCACAUUUACUUUUAGCAGGAUGGUGUCUUUCACUUUCCUUGUGUUCUCCCGUUCCCUGUGUCGCUACAUAUUUAUUUAUUAUUGUUGACGUGAUUAUUAGUCUCCAUUCAAAUGGUCACUGGAUAAUGACCUUCCACAAGGAUCUGUUGAACAGAGUUCUGGAUACUGACAUUACUAAGAGGAAAGAAAUUCUUCAGAAGAGGAGGGAAACACAUUCCUCUCACUCAUUUCUGAUUGCUGUGAAUUUAUUAUUGUGCUAAUUGUAUAGACCUUGAUUUGAGAUGUGGUUAAUCAUAUCGAGCUGCAACAUAAUCACACCGUUUUAGGCCAAAAUGAUUUAGUCAGUCCAAAGCUUAGCUACUCUUGCCAUUAUUGUUAAGAUCCUAAAACUAUCAAAAGAUUGUGAAGCUUUUUUUUUUUUUUUGCGUUGGUGUUAAAUCUUAAUUGUGUUAGGCGAUAGUAGAUUACGCAGCCUGUGUCAUUUUGAUUUAACAUUGCUCGUAAAGUACCAGCGAUGAGCCUUUCCUGUUGUACAGCAGGGAUUUGUCCUAAUAAUGGAAAAUGGCCAUUGAGUUUUCUUGAUGGUUACAUCGGCACAUGAAUCUUAGUCACAGAUUGGGGCUACCUUGGGUUUCCAUGACCUUUUUAUAGUGUCUUUAGAAAUGUAGCCUAGCUUUAAAAUAAUUGUAUAAGAUUUAUUAUGAAUUGAUUAUUUUCACCGAGUAAUUUCCAGGUGUUAUGACAGUCUACCAUUAGCUUAUUGAGCUAGCCAAGUGACAGAAAUGACAUUGUCCUGCUGUGAAAGAGCUUAACAAAGCUAUGGCAAAAUAAUUUAAAAAAUAUUUUUGGAAGCAUGGUAAAUUUAAAUUACAUUCCACAAAAGUGCCACACAUUAUAUUGCAAAUUGUUAUGAUAACAGUAGAGUGACCAAAUAACUUUAGAUAGGUUAGCGUUUUUGGAGCUUGCCUGUUCUUUCAAAACGGAGUAAAUCCUAAUUCUGAAACUCUAAUAUCUUUAUGUAAGCAUAUUUAAAUAAAACAAGUAGGAAAGCAGAUAUCAAGAAAUCAUUUUCUCCAAAAACUUAAUUUCUAUUUUUGGUGUUAUAUAUGUUGUAACUGUAACACUUUUAAGACAUUCAGAUAUCUUUUAAAGGUGUAAGUCAGUUUAGUAAGUAUGUAGUUUGUUUCCAAAAACUUAGAAAGCACUCCAUUUACAAACUUCAUACAUUUAACAGUUUUGAUGCAGCCUUGUCUUAAAGUCCCACCAACUUUGUCCCAAAAGUUUACUCAGAACAGGAGACAUAUUACUGAGUAUGCUUUAGAAAAAUAUGGAAGGAAAACGAUGGAGAUAAACAGACAACUGAUGCUAAGCAACUGAUAUCUAAUGUUGGGCUUGCUCUAAUUGGCUUGGAGAAAAUCAUUUGAGAAACCCACAUAUAGUCAUAGAGUUUGUGGAGAUCAAAGGGAUUGUGUUUUGGUUUUUUGUAAUGUAUUUAGCUUUCAGUGGAUGUAAACAACACUCUAAAAUGAAGGAGAUAGUCUGUAGCCUUGCAUCUAUACAGUUUCAUGCACAAGGCUAUCUUUUUUUUUUAAUACAGACAUUUUCAUCUUAACUUAUAAAACAUUCAAACAGCUCGCUACAAGAACUCUAGUUGAUCAGAUCUGCAGUAUGAGCUGCAAAGAAACUGUAGUUAUUAGUUUAUUCUGAUGUUUACAGUCUAAACCAUUUCCACUAAACUUGUGAAUAUUUAGCAUCAUUGCGCAAUGAAGUAUUGUGACCAGUGCACAAAUCAGAGCUAUGCUGAUGAAAUAUCAAUACCCUUAAAUGAAAAAGUGAAUUUUUAAAAACUUUGUUGAUGAAGAUGGUUAAAAUGAUGACUAUCCCCAAGUUGGUAGGAAAAAAAGAAUCCCAGAAGUAUUACAACCAAAAGACUCACAAAUGAGAUUGAAAUUGUUUGUCCUUUUUGCUGUUUUUCUUUCUGGCAAAGCACUUAAUGUACAGUACUGAACUGAGAGUCAUGAUUUUCUAGUUUGUUUGUUUUUUUUAUGUCUUUUGUCUCUUCAGAAGCCUUCCAGAGGAAAUUAAAUGGUACUUUGCGGUCUUUCCGUCUUUGCUUUUUGAGGAUUUUGCUGUGAUCUUUCCUAGAGUUUAAAAGUGUGCUGUUGUGAACUUUUUAAUAUGUACUGGAAACCUGAUCGAGCCAUGUCAGCUGACCUCAGUUUUUCCUUUGCUUUUUGUCUUUUGGCUUUCACUUUUGUUCCGUGAGGCUUUGUCAUCUCUGUGAUCCAACCGUUUCCGUCGUCUUUGAUCAUUUUUAGUCUCUUCCUUUGUCCUACUGCUGUUUUUCUUAGUAUUCCUCUACAGGUAAAAUGCUUACACAUAUGUGUGUGUGUGUGUGUGUGUGUGUGUGUGUGUGUGUGUGUGUGUGUGUGUGUGUGUGUGUGUAUAUAUAUCAAUUAAUUAGAAGCUGUAAAAUGAAACUCUAAUUUUCACUCUGUGUGCCCAAAAAUGUUGUAUUGAUAUCAAAUGCACAGUCUGCAGGCUUUAAAGAAUUUGUGUUCUUUACUGAGAUAUCGGCUGUAGUCGUGUUAAAAGAAUGCUUUGCGUGAUGGGCCUCUUGAAUGUUUUUUUUGUUUUUUUUAACAUACAGUAUUGAGUGUGUUGAUUUGGUCAAAAGUGAAUCAACAGUUAAAAUAAGUAAGAAAAAAAAAAAAAGAAUUAUAGCUACAGAUUACGAAUUUGGACUCAAAGGGAUUUCUGUAGUUGAGUUAGUCAUUACUGAGUGCCUGUUGUGUGCCAUGUUCAACAAAUGACCAAAUCAGUGCAUUCUGGAGAGUGUCAGCACGUUUGUAAAAAUGUUUCCUUUCAUGUUUUUAUAUAUCUGUUUCAUUUUAUGCCAAUGCUGUCUUUCUAAAUGAAGUAGCCAACUCAGCACUGUUACAUGAAAACAGUUCAUCUUGUGUUACAGUUCAUCAAAAUAAAUGAUAAACUUUGAUUCCUCUGCCAUUAACUUUUUUAUUUUUUUUUAAUUUUUCUUUAACUCGUGAGUUGUGUGUGCCAAUAAAGCACCGAAACCUGA